AUGUUCUGUGAUUGCUACAAUGUAUCAUCGUUGUUACUUGUUCAGUCUGGGGACGUAAAACUAAACCCAGGCCCUAUGGUUACGGAAGAACAAAUGUCUCGUUUACUCGACGCAAUCGCAAUACUCCCCCGCUUGGAGGUCGGGCAAACCAUUCUAUUGAACGACAUAAAGGACAUGAAAGAAAAACUGCACGCCGCAGAUCAAGCGAUAAUGAACCUCUCUACCAAAGUUGAAACAAUUGAGACUGAAUUAACAUCCCUGAAAGUCAUGCGAACUGAUAUUAGCAACAUUCAGUCGACAUCCGCCGAUAUGUCCAAACAUAUCACGAAGCUUGAGAACCAAAUUGAUGACAUGGAAAAUAGAAUGCGCCGUUCAAACUUAAUUUUCCAUGGAAUUACUGACGUUGCUGGAGAAUCGUGGGCCCAGUCAGAGGCUAAACUGAUCGAGCUGUGUUCAGAAAAGCUAAAUGUGAGUGUUUCCCACGAUGAAAUUGAACGUGCUCAUCGGUUAGGACGGUACCGUCCAGAAAGGCAUCGUCCUGUUAUCGUUAAGUUCAAAUUUUUCAAGAGGAAGGAAGAAAUUCUAUCUUUGGGACAUAAAUUGAAGCAGUCUGGGUACUCCAUUAGCGGUGAUUAUUCACUCAGAGUGCGCAAAGCACGUUCCCAACUGCUUGCUUUUGCUAAAUCACUUGCACUGCCUUUCAAACUAAAAUAUGAUAAACUGUUGGUUGAUAACAAGUGCUAUCGUUUUAACGAGGUUAACGAACAAAUUGAGGAAUGUAAAUAG